AGCGGCCAGAGAGAGAGGAGGAGAAACAGCGUCGGUGAAGCCGAGGUCGGGAGAUGUCCAGGGACGGAGGGUGACGGACAGCGGCGGAGGCCGCCGAGGGGUCAAGGGCGAUUAGGAGGGGACAGAAGCUGCUGGAUCUGGCGAGGAGGAAAUCUCCGCCGGCUUGGGAGGAAACAGUUUCAGAGCAGCGGAGGAGACGGAAUUCGGAUUGCGGGGGCGUCGAGAAGGGCGUCCGAGCGGAGGAAGUGGAGGCGGCGGGGAGCGGCUCGAUUCUUUCCGCGAAAAGGAAAUGAUCUGGUGAUGGAGUGCUUCGACUGACCGAUGGACCCGCAGGAGAGCAGCUCAGCCGAGGCAGAAGGAGCCAGAGAGAGGGGCCUGGUCCGCGUUUGGUCGGCGAGGUCGUGCCGUGAGACCCCAGAGAGGCUUCGGGGCUGGGGAGGGAAGACCGUCCUCCAAGCGGCCCUGGGCGUCAGUCACGGCGUCCUCCUGACCGAAGGCGGCGAAGUGUACAGCUUCGGACAGCUGCCCUGGAAGCUCGAGGCGGAGGCGGAGGGACCGCGGCCGAGCGGCCCCGUCCUAGAACAUGCCCUGGUCGGGCAGCGCGUGGUGGCCGUGGCCACGGGCAGCUUCCACAGCGGGGCCGUCACGGAGGCCGGCGCCGUGUACAUGUGGGGGGAGAACGGCGCGGGCCAGUGCGCCGUGGCCGAGCAGGCCCGCGUGCCCGAGCCCAGUCUCGUGGCCCUGGAGGACCCCGAGCCCGGCCCGCCGCUGCCCGUGCGCGUCCUGCAGCUGGCCUGCGGCGAGGAGCACACCCUGGCCCUGUCCAUCAGCCGGGAGAUCUGGGCCUGGGGCACGGGCUGCCAGCUGGGCCUCCUGACGGCCUCCUUCCCGGUGACCAGGCCGCAGAAGGUGGAGCACCUGGCCGGGCGGGUGGUGCUGCAGGUGGCCUGCGGGCUCUCCCACAGCCUGGCCCUGGUCCAGUGCCCGCCCGCCCUCGACCGGAAGCCGCUCCCCGAGAGAUGCCGCCACUGCAGCCAGCUCCUGAUCACCAUGACGGACAAAGAAGACCACGUCAUCAUAUCGGACAGUCACUGCUGCCCUCUGGGAGUGGUCCUCCCCGACGUCCAGGAGGACGGCGGCACCGGGCCCAAGCCCCCGCUGGGGCCCCCGGACGGGGGAGGCCCGGCCGAGGCCCCGGGCCAGGGCCGGGGAAGGGGCCCAGUGGGGGCCCACGCGCCUGUGGCUCCCGAAGGGCCCGUCGGCCCGGCCCAGGGUGUGGGAGGGGAGGCCGAACCCUGCCCGCCGGAGGCGAGCGGGGCCCAGGGGCCGGACGGGGCCGGGGGUGGGCCCACAGACACCGACGAGGGGCUGCGGAAGGCGUCGGAUCCCUCAGGAAGAGAGGAUGCCGGGAGAAGAGCCAACGUGGAGCCGGCUCAGUUUCAACCUCUUAUGGAAGAAGCGAGCCCCUGCCUCCCCAGCCCCCCGACGCUGGGCUCGUCCGCCCUAAACAGCUUGGUGGUCUCCUGCGCCUCGGCCGUGGGGGUCCACAUCGCCGCCACCUACGAAGCCGGCGCGCUGUCGCUCAGGAAGGUGAUGAACUUUUCCGGCGAGGCGGGCUCGCCGUCGGGCCCCGAGGGGCCGAGAGACUGCCGGGAGGAGCAGGUCAAACUGGAAUCGCUGCAGGGCAAGAAGAGCUCCAGCCUCGUGGACAUCAGAGAGGAGGAAGCCGAGGGCAGCAGUCGGAGGCUUUCCCUGCCCGGGUUGCUCUCCCAAGUCUCCCCCAGGCUCUUGAGGAAGGCGGCGCGGGCCAAGCCGCGGACGGUGGUGCUGACCCCGACGUACAGCGGCGAAGCGGACGCGCUGCUCCCGUCGCUGAGGACGGAGGUGUGGAGCUGGGGGAAGGGGAAGGAAGGCCAGCUGGGGCACGGGGAUGUCCUGCCCAGGCUUCAGCCCCUGUGUGUAAAAUGCCUCGAUGGUAAAGAAGUCAUCCACCUGGCCGCCGGGGACCACCAUUCCCUGGCCCUCACAGCCAAAUCCCAGGUCUUCUCCUGGGGAAGCAAUACCUUUGGGCAGCUGGGACACUCGGAUUCUCCAACCACAGUUCCUCGUCUUGCAAAGGUGUGCGGUGAAAACCGCAUCUGGAGUUUCGCCGCCGGCCAGGAUUUCUCCCUCUUCCUAGUGGACACGGAAGACUUCCAGCCUGGAUUGUAUUACAGCGGCCGGCAGGACUCUCCAGAAGGUGACGGUGGCCCAGAGAACGCCGUCGCCACAAAGUCUCCCAGGCUGCUGACGUCUUGUAGCAAGCUGGGCUACAUCAGCAGUGUGACAGCCGGCAGGGACAGCUGUCUCGCCCUGGUGGACAAAAACAUCAUGGGCUACAUCGCCAGCCUGCAUGAGCUGGCUGCUACGGAAAGACGAUUCUAUUCCAUGCUGAGCACCGUCAAAUCCCAGGUUCUCCGACCUCUUCUCAGUUUAGAUAACUUGGGCGCCCCAGCUUCGGUCCAGCUCCUUCAAGAGGUGGCCAGCAGGUUCAGCAAGCUGUGUUACCUGAUUGGGCAGCACGCGGCCUCCUUGAGCAUCUUCCUCCGCGGGAUAAAAGAAGUGCGGAGCCUGACGGUCCUGAAGCAUGCAAGUCUCUUCUUGGAUAGUUACACAGAGUACUGCACGGCCCUGACCAAUUUUAUCGUCAUGGGAGGAUUCCAGCUCCUCGCCAAACCGGCCAUGGACUUCUUAAAUAAAAACCAGGAGCUGUUACAGGAGCUGUCGGAGACGAAAGACGGGGACGUCCAGCUGUUGGAGAUGCUGAAUGCCUUAUUCUUCCUCCCAAUCCGGCGGCUUCAUGAUUACGCCCGAGCUCUGCUAAAGCUGGCUACAUGUUUUGAGGUGGCCUCUCCGGAGUACCAGACGCUGCACGAUUCCAGUUCCUGCUACGAGACCCUCGCUCUCCACCUUGGCAGGAAAAGGAAGGAAGCAGAAGCCACGCUGAGCUUCUGGAAGACGUUCCCCGGAAAGAUGACGGACUCCUUGAGGAAGCCAGAGCGCAGGCUAAUCUGCGAGAGCAGCAAUCGAGCGCUGGCCCUGCAGCAUGCUGGGAGAUUCUCCGUGAAUUGGUUCAUUCUCUUUAACGAUGCCUUGGUCCAUGCCCAGUUCUCGACCCAUCACAUCUUCCCCCUGUCCACUCUGUGGGUCGAGCCUAUCUCAGAAGAAGGCAACAGCGCGAACGGCCUGAAGUUGACGACGCCGGAGGAACAGUUCACCCUCAUUUCCUCGACCCCGCAGGAGAAGACCAAGUGGCUGCGGGCCCUGAGCCAGGCGGUGGACCAGGCCCUGAGGGGCGCGGCCGACUUCCCCCCCUACGGCAGCGGCGCCCCGCGGCCGGACCCCCCCGCCUCCCGCAGCGCCAGCUACACCUUCUACAAGGCCUCCCGCCUCAAGGAAGCCACCUACGAGGGCCGCUGGCUCUCCGGGAAGCCCCACGGCAGAGGGGUCUUGAAGUGGACCGACGGCAAGACGUACUCCGGUAUGUUUCGGAAUGGCCUGGAAGAUGGAUACGGGGAAUAUAAAGUCCCAAACAAAGCACUUAACAAAGAAGACCACUACGUCGGGUACUGGAAAGAAGGAAAAAUGUGCGGACAAGGAGUUUACAGCUACGCCACGGGCGAAGUGUACGAAGGCUACUUCCAAGAGAACGUCCGCCACGGCCACGGGCUUCUCCGCAGCGGCAAGCUGACCUCCACCUCCCCCAGCAUGUUCAUCGGCCAGUGGACCAUGGACAAGAAGGCCGGAUACGGCGUCUUCGACGACAUCACCAGGGGAGAAAAGUACAUGGGCAUGUGGCAAGAUGACAUGUGUGAGGGCAACGGCGUGGUGGUCACUCAGUUCGGACUCUAUUACGAAGGCGCCUUUAGCCUUAACAAAAUGAUGGGAACUGGAAUUUUGCUCUCUGAAGAUGAUACAGUCUACGAGGGAGAAUUUUCAGAUGACUGGACCCUCAAUGGAAAGGGGACGCUGACCCUGCUGAAUGGAGAUUACAUCGAAGGCCAUUUUAGCGGAGAAUGGGGGUCUGGGAUCAAAAUCACCGGAACCUACUUCAAACCCAGCCUGUACGAGAGCGAUAAGGAGCGGCCCAAGGCCGUGAAGCUCGGAAACCUGGCCGUGGCGGCGGACGAGAAGUGGACGGCGGUGUUCGAGGAGUGCUGGCGACAGCUGGGCUGCGAGUCUCCCGGGCAGGGGGAGAGCUGGAAGGCCUGGGAUAACAUCGCCGUGGCCCUGACCGCCAACAGACGCCAGCACCGAGACAGCCCCGAGAUCCUAAGUCGUUCGCACACUCAGACGCUGGAGAGCCUGGAAUUCAUCCCGCAGCACGGCGGGGACUUCACGGUGGAGAAAUACGAAGACAUCAAGAGGUAUCUGAUGAAGGCCUGCGACACCCCUCUGCACCCUCUGGGGCAGCUGGUAGAGACCCUGGUGGCAGUGUACAGGAUGACUUACGUGGGCGUGGGAGCCAACCGGCGGUUACUACAGGAGGCCGUCAGAGAGAUCCAGUCCUACCUGAAGCGCAUCUUCCAGCUUGUCAGGUUCCUUUUUCCCGACCUUCCCGAAGAAGGCAGCACGAUUCCACUCUCCUCCAGUGUCCCACCGGAGAGGAAAUCCUUCUGCACCGGAAAAGCCGAUUCCAGAUCUGAAUCUCCAGAGCCGGGCUACGUGGUGACGAGCUCCGGGCUGCUGCUUCCCGUGCUGCUGCCUCGGCUCUACCCGCCGCUGUUCACGCUGUACGCCCUGGACAACGAGCGGGAGGAAGACGCCUACUGGGAGUGCGUCCUGCGCCUCAACAAGCAGCCCGACACGGCGCUCCUCAGCUUCCUGGGAGUGCAGCGGAAGUUUUGGCCUGACAACGUGUCGCUCCUCGGAGACAGCAGAAAGGUGCUGCCGACCACGAAGGAGGCCUGUUUCGCCUCCGCGGUGGAGUGUCUGCAGCAGAUCAGCACGACCUUCACUCCGUCGGACAAGUUGAAGGUGAUCCAGCAGACCUUCGAGGAGAUCUCCCAGAGCGUCCUGGCGUGGCUCCGAGAAGACUUCCUGUGGUCCAUGGACGACCUGUUUCCCGUGUUCCUCUACGUGGUUCUCCGGGCCAGAAUCCGCAAUUUGGGCUCGGAAGUCCACCUGAUCGAGGACCUGAUGGACCCCUACCUGCAGCACGGCGAGCAGGGCAUCAUGUUCACCACCCUGAAGGCCUGUUACUACCAGAUCCAGCGAGAGAAACUGAACUAGAAUCCUGAGAGGCGGAACGGGCGCCCGCGGCCGACGCCGACGAGGUGGCCCCGGGCGGCCGAGGGGCCGGGGGGACCGCGGCCGGGUCCUACCGCUCCUGCUUUCUUGGCCGGAGGGGCGGGUGGAGGGUAGGACAGCGGGCCGAGACCCGGGCUCCUCGGGCAAGCUUCCCCUCCCUCCCGCCGGCCCCCCGGAUCAGGCUGGCCACCCGUCCGAAGAAGGGAUUAUUCUGCCCAGAAUAGCCCGGAGCAGCGACGCGGCAGCCUCCGGGAUCGCCGGGAUGGGCGCGGAUUCCACCCCGCUGCUUCUGCGUUCUGCGCUGGAGGAGGGAAGUGGUGGUCCCGGUGGGAAUGGUGACUUCCUGGAGAUCCUUGCUUCGUAUACAGCGACCCCCCCCCCCAUUUCUUUCCCUUCCUCCCUCCGCUCCCCCCGACCGAUCUUUCUCAGGGAUCGGAUUGUCCCUUAAAGCCACAUGUGUCUUCUCGAAGUCCACCGAUCGCGAGGACCCAAUUGUCUUUUUAUUAGGGGGCGGAGAGGAAUUUUAAACUGGUGUUUUAAAGUUAUCUCCGAGGCUCCCCCCAGGUUGUGUCCUUGGACCGGGUGGGGGGGGGGGGAACGCGCCCCACUCACUCCGCACCCGGUCAGGACAGCGCGGCCGACGGUUCGAGCCCUCCCUCGACCGAGGGACGCGUCGGAAUGACUAACUGGACCUCGGGCGGAGGCCGGCCUCCCCCGGCCUUCCUUCCCCAGGGGCCGGCCGACGCGAUCGGUCACGUGGUCGCCGGCCACCGGGCUGCCAUUGCGCUCUCACUUCUCCGCACGUCACCCCGGGCCUCCCCUCCCCGGCGCGGGGAUCCCGUAGCCGCCGCCUCCUCCCCUAACUUGACAAACGUUGGGAUGACGGUGCCAGUGUUGCUUUUAUUUAAUAGUCCCGGCGGGGCUCCCAGGGGCCGGUUUGUGCCGAUGACCGGCGGCCACUGGGAAACACUGGGGUGGAGGGUCACGGGGCGCGGGGGGGACCCAGCCUGAGAAGGCGCCGGUCAGCGCAGAGAAAAACGGAAUCACGAUUUGCGUGUCGGACUUUGAGCCCGCCGCUUCCGGAAACACGGUUGGGAUGGGGUGGGUGUCUCGAAGCAUCAAUUUCCUAAUAAAAGUGUGUUCGUCUUUC